AUGCUUCGCUCGCCGCAGCCGCGCUUUCCACAGCACGUUCCUGGUGCUUAUCCACCUCAGCAGCAGCAGCAGAUGCCGCCGCAGCCCCAAAGCCAACCACAGAGGCCGAUGAACGCGCAGCCUCCGGCACAAGCGAUUCAACAGCAGCUGGAACAUCAGGAUGUGGUUCACGAUACACAGUUUGAUUACUACGGGCAGCUUCUUGCGACUGCAAGUUCAGAUCGCACUAUAGGCAUCCACGUCGUUCAAAAUGGUCAGUUGCAGCGUAUUGCCACACUUGCAGGCCACGAGGGACCGGUGUGGAUGGUAAGUUGGGCACAUCCUCGUUUUGGCAUGGCUCUCGCUUCUGCAGGCUACGAUCAUAAGGCAAUUAUAUGGAAAGAGAUGUCCCAGUCUUCGAAACAGUGGGCUCCGGUACAUGUUAUUGACUGCCAUCACGGCAGCGUGAACGCUGUGCAAUGGGCUCCAGAAACCCCAAUGGUAGCGACAGCCAGCAGCGAUGGAACUGUGGCGGUGACCGUGUUUGAGGGUGGCGUUUGGCGUGACAGCCUAAAGCUCAGCAACAAUAGCAACAACAUUGCUCAUGCAAUGGGGGCGACGAGCGUUUCCUUCGCACCAAUGCGUCCAUCGCUGGGCGGUGCCGUGUUGUUGGCGUCUGGGGGUUGUGAUUCGCAGGUGCGCUUGUGGUGUCUGCAGGAAGGAAGUCCAGUGGCAAAUUCAUUUGAACUGUUGGAAGUUUUGGAGGGCCAUACGGAUUGGGUACGUGAUGUGGCAUUUGCCCCUCUGUGUGCUGCAACCAGACACGCGGUUCUCGCCUCUUGUGGACAAGACAAAAGUGUUAUCAUUCACCGCAAACCAUGGGACCAAUUAGGGGCACUCAUUCAGGAAAGACAGCGAAGCAGUAGUGCAAACGGGCCGCAACAGUAUUUACAGAAGGAAAGUGGCGGCAUUUGGGAACGCAGCGUGGUGCUUUUUGACGAGCCUGUGUGGCGCCUGUCAUGGUCCCCGGCAGAAGAGGUGUUGGUGGUAACAACAGGGGAUUCUGAGGUCUACAUUCUUCGCGAAAACGGGGAAUUCACGCAGCCAUGGCUGAAGACACCCCUCAGCGAGUACCAAUCUGGAACACGGUAG